AUGGAGAAUGGUUAUAAUGAUGAAUUUGCUUCAUCAUCUUGUUACUCUUAUCCCUACGUGAGCUGCUCUUCUUCCUCUUCCUACGAUACUUAUGGUACCUAUCCAUUCAAUGGAUUUUAUGGUACCUGUGAAUCAGGCAAAUACUAUCAGCAAUUACCGGAUAUCAAUAGUCAGUAUCAUCAUAAUCAAACUCCAAUAUAUUAUCCACAUUAUCGUGCAUCGGUUCCGUCUACCUCCGAUUAUACUCAUCUAUUUUUAAAUGGUACCAUACCGAAUAAUUGCUCUUCUACAACAACCACUGCUGCAACAAUAAAUUCUGGUAGCAACGGUUUUGGAAAAGGAAACCGAAUUCGUUUUCAAAGACCGAAAUAUACGUGGAUGUUGGGACGUGAAAAGGAUAAUCAGCAAUCACGUUAUUUUCAUCAAACCGUUAGGUCUGCAACCGAUACGGUAAUUACAUCACAAACAGGUCGUACAUCAUAUAGCACACCACAAGUUGUAGAAUUGGAAAAAGAAUUUCGUACCAAUCGUUAUCUGAAUAAGCAACGACGAAAUGAGCUUGCUACAUUGUUAGCGCUUACCGAUCGACAAAUUAAAAUAUGGUUUCAAAAUAGACGGAUGAAAGAGAAGAAACAACGGCUAGCUGCUGCUCCACCAAACAAAACUAUCAGAAUUACCACCACCACCACCACCGCUACUACUGCUACUACUACUAUUACUACCAUCGCUAAUAUUAUUGCAACAACUAUUUGCGCCACUACUGCUGCGACAAAUUUCAACGGCGAUUUACGGGAUAGUGGUAACGGUGUGGGAGUUGCAUUCUCGAAUGCUUUUUUACGUAACGAUGAUUGUUUGAGGAAUGAAAUCAAAAAUAAUGGAAAAAAUGAUGAUGGAAAUGAUUAUGCCAGCAACGGUAAUAUAAUGAAGAAGUGGGAGAAUGAAGAGAGUGGAAAUGAGAAGGUAGAAUUGGUUGGAACAAUAAUUAAUGAAGUUGCUAACGGGGCAUCUUAUACAUCACUCUGA